AUGGGUCGCAAGAAGAAGAAGCAGUCGAGGCCAUGGUGCUGGUAUUGCAACAGAGAAUUUGAUGACGAAAAAAUUCUUAUUCAGCACCAAAAAGCUAAACACUUUAAGUGUCAUAUUUGUCACAAAAAGCUCUAUACAGGACCUGGCUUGAGUAUACAUUGCAUGCAGGUUCACAAAGAAACAAUUGACAAAGUCCCCAAUGCUCUACCCAAUCGAAGUAAUAUUGAGGUAGAGAUUUAUGGUAUGGAGGGUAUUCCAGCAAAUGAUUUGAAAGAUCAUGAAAAACAAAGAAAUGGUAGAGCCGGUUCUCCCAGUUCUGGUGAAGAUGAGCCUGCUCCUAAGAAGAUUAAACCUGAAGGUCUUUUAGGGACAGCUCCUGGCUCUAUGCCUCCUAAUAUGAUGUCUGGACAUCCUGGAAUGCAGUUUCCAGGAAUGCCCGGUAUGAUGCAACACAUGGGAGGCUUUAUGGGCCACGGGAUGGUACCUGGAAUGCCUCCCCCAGGUAUGCCACCAAGCGGUCCUACAAGGCCACUAUUCCCAAGUGCUACAGCUGUUUCAUCUGCAGCAUCUACAGCUUCUGCUCCACUAGGAGCUGAUUUCAAGCCUAUUACAUCUAUGGCGGGAAGUUCAAUUGGUCCUGUGAAACCAACUUUCCCUGCGUAUAGCAAUAUUGAUCAGAAUGCUUCUGUUGGUGAUAAAGUUGCAAUGAUAGCCACCACGAGUGCUACAAGUAAAAUAAUUCAUCCUGCUGAAGAUCUUAGUUUGGAGGAAAUACGAGCGAGAUUGCCGAAAUAUCAGCGCCGAAAGGACGAUCAGAACAAUUGCUCGAGCGGGCCUCAGACGAUAACAACGUCGACGGCCGCGGCAAUGACGAGCGCGGCCAUUCACCAGGCCCAGCAGCAGGCGCAGCAACACGCCCACCAGCAGCAACAGCAGCAGCAGGCGGCGGCGGCGGUGGCGGCUUUCCAAGAUCAGCAGCAUCGCCAGCAGGCUGCACUCAGUGCGCUGCAGCAGCAGCAGCAGCAGCAACAGCAGCAGCGCUUCCCCAGGCCACAGGUCAUGGCGAUGCCACAAGUAUCCACCCAGAUGACGAUGCCCGUGAGCUCGGUCGCGCUCAUGGCGCCGCUCAUGAGGCCCACGAUGACCCUGGCCGCACCUGCCCUCAUUCAUGGAGGUAACAUGAUGCGUCCGCCCCCCAUGGGCCUGCCACCAGGUAUGAUAGGAGGCCUGCCACCGGGCGCGAUGCAUCCGGCAUUCGCAGCUGCAGCCGCGGCCAAUCCGAUGGGCUUCCCCGGCGGGCCGAUGCUGGCGCCCAUGAUGCAUCCACGUUUCAGAUGAUCGCCACCCGCGGCAGCCGCAGCCAUGAGAGUGCUUGCCGCCGAUCCUGGGCCGCCUGUCGUGGCUCCGCCAGCCCCCGUGCAUUUGGUGCUCUGGGCUAGACCCUAAAGAGACGAAGCAACAAACAAAAAAAGAAAGGGAAAAAAUAUUCAGCGAGAAAAAACGAAACAUUGAACAUGCGCCUCUCGAAGCUUUUUAGUCAAUUUGCGUGACGACGACGACGAGGAUGAUAACGAUGACAACGACGACGAUAACAAAGUGUGAAGAAAAAAAAGUGAAAUGAGUUUGUUUCUCAUUUUUUUACCCGGGGGCUGUUCGCACGAUUCACAUCCACGAGACGACGGAAUGAGAGUGAAUAUAGAGCGAGCGAGAGAGAGAGAAAAGAAACAAGAAAGAAACGAGACCUGCAAUAAAUAUAUUUUAAUGUAAAUGAACUACUAUUGUUGUGAGGUCAUCGAAAACAUGGAAUUCAUCAACGUGUGCUCAAAUACCCCCUUGUCUAUCGACCUUGGUACAGAACCACUAAGCAGAGCAGCGAUUGCCAGCCAAGAAACACAGAAGUUAGCAAAUACUCAUUGUUUUACUUUUAAAUAUAAUAUAUCAUGAAUUAAUGAUUAUUAAUCGCUUAUAUAUAUAACGUACUAUAUAAAUAAUAAUAUUACUUGAAUUAACUUUGACGAUAGAAGAGCAUUACGUGUGUGAUUACUGUUUUUCGAAUCGCGAUCGUGACUGUUGAGUAAUACUAUAAAUAAUUAAUAAUAAUGAUCAGUAUGUAAAUGAUUAUAUACGAAUAUAUUUACUCGGCUCUCGAGUGUUCGACUUGACGAUUUAUAAAAUAACUGUGGGGUCGAUAGAGUGCAUCGUCCUUAGUGCGUGUAUUGAACAAGUGACGUGUAAAUUGUUUUAACUUCUCACGUUGCUCCACUAAUGUACAUAUAUAGAUAAACAACUUGCAGGUUAGUUCGUUGAUCGAUUUUUUUUCCAAUUAACUAUUUCACUUUUUUGUCAAUAUAUAUAUAUUUAAUCAUUAAAGCGUAGUAAAUAUUGGAUUGGUUACAUUUAAUGCUUGCACCGAGUUCGUUCAUCGAGUUGUAUACCUUUUCUUUUUACACGUUCACUCUUGUAAUUUUUUCUUUUUCUUUUUUUUUAACUUUUCUCUUUGUAUUAUUUUUAUUUUAUCGGGUGAAUUGUGGUGCAUCGUUCACCGCGAGUGUGUUCUGUACAUACUUAAAAAUAAUAAUCCAAUGGGUGACUUUUUAGCGAAUCAACUCACGUAUACGUUCGAUGAUAAGCGAACGUUUUUGUUGUAAUUAUACGUAAUUAUGAAUGAAUUAUAUAUCUAUAACAAAUAUGUAUAAAUAUAUUGUUACCCUCAUUAAAUUGUAUCUGUACAGUGUAAAGGAAUCAAUAUUAA